AACAUUACGAAACGUGAGUGUAAUCAUAAGAGCAACUUGAAAAGAAAAUGUUAUUUUUCUAAUUAUUUAAUACAAAAAUAUAAAUAAAUGUUAAUACAUUUCAAGUAACUCUCAAUAAGAACACAAAAUUAUGUCGAUUCAAUACCAAAGAUUCUUAAAAGUACUCGAAAAGUGGCCAGCAGAAAAAUCAAAAGUUGGCAGGGAUCUUGGUGAGCAAAUACGCAAGCACAUUAAAAGCUUAACAAAUCCAGUAAAUCUAACGCAAGAAGCUAGCGAAAAAAUUACCAAACAAAUAGAUUCACUUGAAAGGUUGGCCAACAAUACCUACGGUCGUAAAUAUACACGUAUUUACGCCUCUACAGCCACCGGUCUAACGGCACAGCAGUGCAAUCAAGUGUUGUCCUCUGAAUUUUUACAAUAUUUAAACGAAGACAAAAAGAAGAAUUAA